AUUUUAAGGUGAAACGCCAACGAUGUAUCUAUCAGAAAUAUUAGAAAAAUUUCACAAUUUUUUCAUAUUUCAUAUGUUUGAAUGGUGCAGUUCUUACAUAUACAUGAUCAUAACAUUAUGGAUCUGUUUGGGGGUUAUAACUUACCUAAUAACAAUCGUCGCUAUAAGAGUAUACUUUCAUUAUAGAAACGAAAAUCAAAUCGUCAAUAAUUUAUGCAAAAUCGUCGAAGAAAAUGAUAUUGUAAAUUGCGUGAGAAUGGUGGAGCUUUAUCCUAAGUAUAUAAAUGCUUUUUCAGACGGAGGUUACACUCCGUUUUUGGUAGCUUGUGCAAAUGGAAAUACUCAAAUGGUGAAAGUAAUGUUAAAAAGAGGGGCAGACAUUACUUUAAAAUCUAAAAAGCACGAAUCGCCGUUCUAUCUGGCUACAUUCUAUUACAUCAAGUUUCCUCAAUUCAAGAAUGCCACUUGCAUCAGAGAAUUAUACUAUGCUGGAGCAAAUGUCGACGAGCCAAACGAUAAGGACCUAACGCCAUUGCAAAUGGCAGCUAUGUUUGGGCACACGGCUUUAGUCAGAUGGUUACUGCUCAAGAACGCUUCAAUUAAAGUCACUCCCGAUCCAUACUUGAUAGCCAUGAGUCAAGGACACCAGGAUACUGCUGGGGUUAUUUGGAAAAUGACUAGAGGAUUUCCCCUAGAUUUUAAGUAAUCCUCAAAAUUUAUAAUUUAAUGUUUAUUAUUUAAAAAUUAUUUUAAGAUUAAAAAGAUUUUUUUAGUAA